CGAGUCGCGCGGAGCCCCCGCCAGUCCAAAAGGGUGAAAAGGGGAAACCGUCGAGGAUUGUAGAGCUACAUUUCUUCCAAGCUCGAACGAUCGGACAGAUUACCGUCGACGAUGGGAGAACCGUCGAUUUUAUCGCUCCUGGUUCUGUUACUGUUUCUGAUCCCGAUUUCGAUGGCUUACAGGCCAGGAGAUAUCGUUCCGAUGAGCAAGAUGGGACAGUAUCACUCGUCGAGAACAGUUUGGCAUGAUAUGAUUGGUCGACAUUGUCCAAUCUUUGCCGUCAAUCGUGAGGUUUUGGUUCCUAUACCAAAGCCGGUCGGCUACACGGGAGCUGAUCCUUAUAAAAUAUCCUUUCAAGUUGGAAAAGAAAAGUUUCUUAUCCCAUGGCUUCUUGUGAUAAAUCGCAAAAGUACAGAAGUCCCAAUGAUUGAUGUCCACUUGAGAUACUCUGGAAGUGAUCUUCAUGGUGUGACUGCCAAAGUAGCGGACAUGCCUCAUAUCUAUAUUGAUACUCAUCCACAUAUUAGUAAACAAUUCUGGGACCAACAACAUUGGCCAAAGCAUGUGCUGGUCCGUUAUACGUGGGAGGAGCAAUCAGAGAUCGAUGUGACAUCUGGAUUAUAUGUUUUGUUUGGAUCAGGUCUGACGCUAACUUUUAUUUUGUCAAUUUACAUCUUGCAAUCAUCAAAGGACAAGUUAGCAAGGUUUGUAAGAGAAACAGUAGUCGAAACCAGCAUUCCUGGCGUUGGAGUCGCAAAAGUUGAAUAGACUCUCUACAGUAGAGUCUACGCCUAGGCCUUAUGGUGGCUUACCUUGUUUUCUACGCAUUCAAAGGCGAAAAAGUCUGAUACUACGGAGCCCAAUUCUCUGUUAUGAUUUUCAUUUCUAGGUCGGGGGAAGAAUCUUUUUUGUAAAUGAGACUUCAGACUAGUUGCAGGGAUCUACUUUGGGUUAUUUCUUCUACACCCUUGUACCUUUUUCUCCCUUACUUCCAAUCUCUCAAUUUCAUAUAUAUAUUUUCUUAAAAUAAAUUAAUUGCAUGGAUUUAAAA